AACCAGACAGCCAGCGAGCCAUCUCCAUCCGAGUUGGGCGCCAUGCAAUUUGCAAUGUCACCGGACAACCUCCUCUUCUUCUGCUCCGUAACGGCGUCGGUGGCCGCCUCCUUCGCUCUCGUCGCGCUGUGCAGGCACCUGGCGCACCGCCGACCGCAGCAGCCCACCGCGGACGUCCUCGCGACGAGCUCCUCAGGAGGCUCCGCCGAGCCAGAGGAGCUGCUGCCGCUGAGCGCCGUUGCCGCGGCCGUCCCCACGUUCAUGUACAACCGGCUGGUGAGGCACUGCGGCAAGGGCGCGGGCUUGACCGAGUGCGCGGUCUGCCUCGGCAUCAUCCAGGUCGGCGCCAUGGUCAAGCUUCUGCCCGCGUGCAGCCAUGUUUACCACCGCGACUGCAUCGACCUGUGGCUCUCGUCGCGCUCGACGUGCCCGCUCUGCCGCUGCAGGGUCGGUCCUCCCUCCGAGAUCGGCGCCGGCCAGGAGACGCCCCGGCAGCUUGCUCAACCUUCCCCUCAAAUAAGAUGAAUCCUCACGCGCCCGUCACAGAUGUUUGUACUGGCCACUUCAGUUUCUCCACACUCAACAGCUGUAAGAGAUCAAGCCGCACUUGUGCAGUUGUGCUGCUUAAGAUCCAUGUUGAUUAGCACAGAGUAAAUUUGUUUAUUUACAAGGUUACAUACACUUUCGUUGGAAACGUGAGCGUAUUUAUUACAUCUCA